AUGCUUCCGAUUGAAUUCAAAUUUAAGUAUGAGCAAAAAAAAUCCGCUAAAGAGAAAAAGCUUGGCUGGAUCACGGACAAGCUUUUCAUUGCUUUUCACUGGCUGACCAUUAUCUUCUUUACCGCCGCCUCCUUCUUCACUGGCGCCCCCGAGAUCGAUGUGGACGCCUUCAACAUGACCCUCUUCUGCGGUGAGCAGACUUUCGACCAAGUCCUCACCCCUGUGGACCACAAGUGGCCCAUCGUCACCGUUCUUGGUGUUUCCACCAUCGUGGUGCUGCUCCUUUCGCUCGAGAUGUUCAUCUGCGGAGCAACCACCAACAACUUCCUCAACAUAAUGUACUACUUCCUGGGUUUUUUGCUCAGCUGGGAUGUGACCUAUGUUCUGCAAAGUUUGAUCAGCUUUCCCAUCCCUUCGUUCUUCCAGAAUGAGGGACUCAAGUGGCUGUAUUGCUGCCAGAACUGCUCUCAACCGUUGAUGGAGAAGAGCGUGCACACUCUUGAUUUGGAGGCUCGUGGUUCCUUCCCUUCGUUCGUAACCUGCUCCACUUCCUACGUGAGUGUGUUUUUGUUUCUGGUGACCUGUCAUCUGGACAAGGGCCAGCGCUUUGCUGCGAAGUUGCUGGCGUUGGUUGUUCCUGGAUCGGUGAGCUUCCUGUACGGGUGGUACCUGUGGCGUUACAACGAAAACCAUCUGCAGGACGUCGUAGGGGGUGCGAUUAUAGGAGUUUUGAUGGCGGCGUUUAUAGCAACGGAUUUGUUCUCUGAGGAUAAAAAGCAAGAAAAGUUCAAGAAGGAUUUCGUUUCGGUACUUAUGGCGCGGGAACUGCAACUGGCUAUGAAUGCAGCUGAAAAUCCGAACCAAGAAGCACAUGAACCCAACGAAUACACAAUCAACUUGUACUCAGCUGAUGCAAGUUGCGAGCAACAGGAAAUGGUAGCUCUAGAAGACUUACCGCCACCAUAUUCCAGUCUUUAAUAAUUUUUUUUUUUAAUAAUUCCAAUUUGUAGUUAAUUAAGUAGUUGAAAUGACAUUUGUUCUUUGUCAUAUUUUAUACUUUUAU